CCGUUGUGUUUGAAAGUGCGUUCGGAGUGGUUCAAAGCGAUGAAGGUUGAUCUAUUUGAGGAGUUUUGACCCUCUCUUAGAGAUGCGAGAGCUUCUUGGUGGUUCAAAGUGGCGUGGACGCUUUAGAAUCGUCCUUUAUUGAAAAUGAGCUUCGCCAAUGGAGAAUGUGUUUAUUUACGCUGUCGUAGUUCCUGCAGAUGUUGGCGAAAACGGAGGGAUCUCGUUUUCCGUCAUGCUCGGCCGAUGGAGAUGUUGAGGUGCACGAGAGUACAUAACGGUGUGCUUCUUUACCGGCGUUGGGGCAUAUUCUGGCCGACUACUCCGAGCUGAAUAGGCGGGGUUACUGCUGAACCUGGAGGGAGAAUGUCGAGUCUAGAGGGACUUUCUCAUGAUGAAAGAAGAGAUAGGCGAUCUGAUGUUGAUAACUCUGAGGAUGAGAGGAGGAGAACUAAAAUUGGUGCUCUUAGGAAAAAGGCCAUAAAUGCCUCUAACAAGUUUACACAUUCCCUAAAGAAAAGAGGAAAAAGGAAAGUUGGUUGUAGUGCUCCAUCAAUCUCAAUUGAGGAUGUUCGAGAUGCGGAGGAAGAGAGGGCUGUUUCUUCAUUCCGUGAAGCUCUUCUUGCUUCCAAUCUUCUGCCUCCUAGGCAUGAUGAUUACCACACUAUGCUGAGAUUUCUCAAAGCCAGAAAAUUUGACAAGGAAAAAGCAAUGCAGAUGUGGGCGGAUAUGCUUCAGUGGAGAAAAGAUUUUGGAGCUGACACAAUCAUUGAGGAUUUCAAUUUUGAGGAGCUAGAAGAAGUACUCAAGUAUUAUCCUCAAGGAUAUCAUGGAGUUGAUAAAGAUGGCAGACCAGUAUACAUCGAAAGGCUGGGAAAAGUAGAACCAAAUAAGCUCAUGCACAUUACAACACUGGAUCGCUAUCUAAAGUACCAUGUGCAAGAGUUUGAAAAGGCUCUGGUGGAGAAGUUUCCAGCGUGCUCUAUUGCAGCUAAAAGGCAUAUAGGUUCAACAACUACGAUUUUGGAUGUGCAUGGUGUGGGUUGGAAGAAUUUCAGUAAGAAUGCGAGAGAGCUCCUAUCACACAUUCAGAGAAUUGAUAGUAACUAUUACCCAGAGACAUUGCACCAGAUGUUCAUUGUUAACACAGGACCUGGAUUUAAGUUGCUCUGGAACACUGUUAAGGGUUUUCUUGACCCAAUGACUGCUGCAAAGAUACAUGUAUUGGGCCCCAAGUACCAGACAAAACUACUUGAACACAUUGAUCCAGGCCAGCUGCCAGACUUCUUAGGUGGAUCUUGCACAUGCUCUACUGAAGGGGGCUGUCUUAAAUCAGGCAAAGGGCCAUGGAAUGAUCCUGAAAUUAUGAAGCUUGUAUAUAAUGGAGAAGCAAGAGUUAGACAAGUCAGUGGAGCUUCUGAGGUGCAGCGUAAAACAAACUCUUCUUCCAGGCUGUCAUAUUUAAAGGGAAGAAGCAGCGAUACCUCCACGGCAGAGUCUGGGUCAGAUGCUGAAGAUGGUGGUUCUCCUAUUGGUUUGCGGGGUUCUUCUUCGUUCAUUCCACUUGAUCCAGUUCAUGAAGAAGCUCGAACAACUGAACUGACUGCUUAUCACAGUUGUGAUGAUAAUUUUACCAUAGUUGAUAAGGCUGUGGAUUAUGGGCAAAGAAUAACUCUUGGUCGAAUACCAUCAAGUUGCAGAGACAUGGAUUCCUUCUGCUCUAAUGGUACUAGGGAUGUACUUAGGACUGAUAAUAUCUCGCAAAGUUAUCUCUCCUGUAUGACGAAAGCUAUAAUAAAAUUAUUUAAAUUGUUUGCCCUAAUCCGUGUAAUUGCUAAUGCGCACAAGCAACAAGAAACUACAAAAAGUGCACCAACACGAGAUCCUGUAAGUGAUGGUGAUGCCAGCACGGCAUGUGCUCAUCCAUGUUUUGACCGUCUCCAAAGACUAGAGACAAUGAUAAACGAACUCAGUAGGAGGCCAGUUGAGAUUCCUGAAGAAAAGGAGAGUUUGCUACUGGGUUCACUUGAUAGGAUCAGAUCCAUGGAAUCUGACCUGGAGAAGACCAAGAAAGCAUUGCACGGUAUGGUGUUGAAGCAAUAUGAACUUGCUGAAUCCAUGGAGAAGCUUCAAGAUUCCAAGGCACAGAGACGAGCACUAUGUUGAGACACCGCAUUUCGCCUUUGGGGAUGGGAUUCGUCGAGAUGUGUGGAGGAGUUUCUACGAUGCAGCUUGCCGAACUACGCUACCGUGUGGACAGGCGCAGGCCUCCGGUUACGUCCCAUAUGCAAUUUUUAAGUGCGUCUAUAUGGGCACUAAAAAAAGAGUACCUCAAAUCCGUUGAAUAUAAUAUAUAUGUUAGGCACACACACGCCGGAACAUAGCAGGUUUCUGGUUUACUGUACAUUUGAUCAUAUUAUCAAUUGAGUGAUUAAAGGAACUCA